AUGGCAUCCGCUGUUGCUUCUGGUGCCGCCAGGCGUGGCCCAGCUCUCAAGCGAACCGCGACGUCGACCACAGUCACCGACUCCGAGUCCUCUGCCGCAGUUUCUCCCAGCGAUUCUCCUCGUCCCUCUGCCUCCUCCACCUCCUUGUCGUCAAUGUCAUCCAUUGAGUUCGACGCCAAGGCCAAGUACGGCCCUCUGAUCGAUACCAACGGCAACGAGUUUACCCCACCCGACUACACCAUCAAGGACAUCCGCGAUGCCAUCCCCAAGCACUGCUUCGAGCGUUCCGCCAUCACUGGCUGGGCAUACAUCCUCCGCGACAUGGCCUGCCUGGCCACCACAUUCUAUGUGUGGUAUAACUUCGUCACUCCUGAGUACAUCCCCCUCAUGCCCGUUCGAGCCGUCCUCUGGGGCGUCUACACCUUCCUCCAGGGCCUCUUCGGCACCGGUCUCUGGGUCAUUGCCCACGAGUGCGGUCACCAGGCCUUCUCCGAGUCGCGCCUGAUCAACGACACCACCGGCUGGCUCCUCCACUCCGCACUGUUGGUCCCCUACUUCAGCUGGCAAUACUCCCACUCCAAGCACCACAAGGCCACUGGCAACAUGGAGAGAGACAUGGUCUUCGUGCCCAAGACUCGCGAGCAGUACGCCUCUCGCGUUGGCAAGAUGAUCCAUGAGCUGUCGGAACUCACCGCUGAGACUCCCAUCUUCAGCCUCGGCAUGCUCAUUGCCCAGCAGCUCUUCGGCUGGCCCAACUACAUCCUGACCAAUGUCACCGGCCACAACUUCCACGAGCGUCAACGCGAGGGCCGCGGCAAGGGCAAGCACAACGGUCUUGGUGGUGGUGUCAACCACUUUGACCCACGCAGUCCUAUCUUCGAUAACAAGGAGGCCAAGUUUAUUGUCGUCAGCGACAUCGGUAUCGCUCUGACCGUAGGAGCUCUGUACUUCCUCAGCAGCAAAUUUGGAUUGACCAAUAUGCUCGUAUGGUACUUCAUUCCCUAUCUCUGGGUCAACCACUGGCUUGUCGCCAUUACCUUCCUCCAGCACACCGACCCUACCCUUCCUCACUACCACUCCGAGGAGUGGAACUUCGUCCGUGGCGCUGCUGCCACCAUUGAUCGCGAGUUUGGGUUCAUCGGCCGACAGCUUUUCCACGGAAUCAUCGAGACCCACGUCUUGCACCACUACGUCAGCACCAUUCCUUUCUACAAGGCUGAUGAGGCUUCGGAGGCCAUCAAGCCCGUCAUGGGCAAGCACUACCGUGCUGAUGUCGAGGGCGGCUCGUGGGGAUUCAUCCGUGCCAUGUACAGGAGUGCCCGUAUGUGCCAGUGGGUUGAGCCUACCGAGGGCGCUGAGGGGGCGGCCAAGAACAUCCUGUUCUUCCGCAACCGCAAUGGUCUGGGGACCAAGCCUACCAAGCUGGCGGCCCCUCAGUAA